AUGUUAUCGCGACCCUUUCGCCGUUUGGCCUCCACGGCCGUCUCGCCCAGACACAAACAAUUAGUGGAAGACUUCUUCUACACAGCGCAAAGUGUUCCUUCGAUCGUCAGAAAGCAAUUCCUCGACCCAAACCAAAUUCAACGUCUCAGCUUGACCCUCAACAGACCGCGGCUCUACCGAGUCGGGCAAAUUCUCGAGAACGAGAUUCCACUGAAUGGUACGCCUCUUGCACCUGGCUACCACCUCGUCUACUUCACACCAGCCGCAUUGCCAGACCACCUGGGUAGAGAUGGCACAGAUAUCAGCUAUAGUCCUGCGGAGCCGUUCACUCGACGAAUGUGGGCCGGUGGUAGGAUUGACUGGGUAAAGGAAAACCCGCUUCGCAUUGGUGACGAGGCAAUAGAGACAACGAAACUCGUUUUUGCAAAGCCCAAAGUCACGAGAGCCGGUGAGGAAGUGGUUGUUGUCGGCGUGAAGAAGACGUUUGAGAACGCGAAAGGGCUGGCACUCUUCGACAGGAGGGAUUGGGUGUUCCGCACACAGCUCUCGGGACUUCCGCCAUCGCAUGACUACUCAGAGUCUACUGGAAGUGACGAUGCUCUCCUUCCUUUACCAGACACGUCACAAAAGUCACGAGACUAUUUGCAGACCGCAGUCUCACUUUUUCGAUUUUCGGCGCUUACCUUCAACGCUCACAAGAUACAUUACUCGCGGCCCUGGUGUAGAGAUGUGGAAGGUCAUAGGGAAAUUGUUGUGCAUGGUCCAUUGAACCUGAUCAAUAUGCUAGACUUCUGGAGAGAUGAGCAAGCAGACGACUUCAUGAUUCCACAAUCCAUUAGUUACCGCGCUACGGCUCCAUUUUAUGCGGGGGAGAAAUACAGGGCGCUGUUGGAAAGAGAGACCGACACGACAUCGAUCAAACUUUGGGGACACAAUGGGAAAGGCGACGUCAAAGUGGGCAUGUUAGGUGACGUGGUGGACUAA